UCGUUUGGUUCGCUCUGCUGUUGCCACCGCCCACGAGUACAACCACAACAACACCGCCAAAGACGAGGGCCAACGAGCCAAUAAAUUUAAAUAAUAUCCCAUCACAACAAAGAAUAAACAACAUCUCACCGAGACAAUAUAAAAACUAAAAUUGCAAAAGCAAUAGCAACUCAGUGGGACAAACAACUGCCGGCUAAAAAAGUGUCAGAAUUUGUGAAAAUUAAUAUUUCACCAGAGAUUUGAGUGCUGCCGAAACAAAAAAUAGAACAAACCAAAAACACUGCUAACAGGACAAACUUUUCGUUCUGGCAAACUUUUAUUUCGUACACACUUUUUUUGGCCCAACGCGAUUUGCUCGCGAAAAUUAUGAAAAAUAUGUGAGAAAUGUGCAAAAUCCUCAAAAUACUCGAGUAAAGGCAAAGAGCAUAGGUCAAGCCCUUAUUCUCCAGUGCGAGAUAUAUUUUGGUCGGUCCCGAAAUCGUGAAUCCCCUGACGUUGCUCUUUCAGUAAGCCCAGAAAAACCACCCACCGCCCAUUUAGUGCCAUGUGUAUGUGAGGAAGAAAAAGCAGUCAAGUUGAGAAUGUGUUGUUUCUGUGUGAGAAGCCGUGUAACGUGCUAAAAUAAGUUAAUUUAUUGCCGGCACAAAAACAACAACAACAAUCACAACACACAAAGACAACAACUGCCGGCAGUCAUAACAUUUGCCUUGCUCACCAGUUACCCAAAGCUUCGGAGUAAACUAUCUGCAGGACUCAGAAAUAGGCCAAAUUCAAUUGACAUUUAUUGGCCAAUAUAUAUUUAUAAGGCCCGAACGAAAGCCAAAGAGGAUCCAUAACAGAAAAAUAACAAAAAUAGGAGGACUCAGCCACUCCACAAAGAUAGAAAAAAGAUAUUUCAAUGCCGACAACGACGAGUUCCUCGGGGAUGAGUAGCCAUCACAUGCAAAUGGCUGACAAGUGGAGAGCGGGAAAGGCAUACGGAUCCCAAGGAUUGCACAGUGGACGUGGCUGCAUCUGCUGGAUAUCCCUGGUACUCCUACUCAUUCUGGUGCCUGAUUUUAUUGUGGCACUCAAGGAUGUGUCGGUAAUGAUACCACAGGCGGUGAAACGUGGCAGCAAUGCGCUGUUCACGUGUAAUUACGAUAUGGAAAACGAUACUCUAUAUUCGGUAAAAUGGUAUAAGGGCAAGCGUGAGUUUUAUCGCUAUACGCCCAAGGAGAAUCCGGCUAUGAAGGUCUUUGCCAUGACAAGUGGUCUCAAUGUCGAGCGCAACCUUUCGAAUCAGAGCCACGUCGUCCUGCAGUCGGUGCCGUUGAAUAUUUCGGGAAAAUUUACAUGCGAAAUAUCCGUGGAGGCGCCCACUUUUCAAACGGCCAUGGUGUCCGGUGAAAUGGAGGUGGUUGAGCUGCCGGAAGAGCACACUGUGGUUACCGGGAUACAGGCACGUUAUCGCAUCGGCGAUUUGGUCGACGGCAAUUGCUCAAUUAAAUACUCGAAACCGGCUGCUAAUUUGACAUGGACUAUUAAUGGUAUUGUGGUACCACCGCAUCACAUAAAGACUUACCAGACAGAGAAGCGGGAGAACAGCACCCUAGAAUCGGUUACGAGUGCCAUACAUUUCAUGGUCACCAAUCAACAUUUUCUCAAGAGCCAGAUGAGGCUCAAGUGCACGGCCAAUAUCUUUGACAUCUUCAAGGAGGAAAUGGAGAGUGUCAUCGAGGAGGACCGGCCCAGGAUAAUGGCCUCAGGCAGAUCGUAUGACAUCAACAAUUAUCCCCUCGAGGAGCAUACGAAUGGUGAAAGGGGCGGCUAUGAGGAUCAUAACGAGUCCUAUUUGACUUACUACUCAGCGGAUAACACGGCAUCGGGCGCUUCGACAGCUGCACAUGAAAUCUUCUGGCGAUUCUGGCCAUCGCAGCUAACAAAGCUUCCCAUCAACAGGCAGUUGGCGGGGGCGUGGCACUGGAUCUGUGGGGGCGGUGAGGCGACUUCUGCUCUUCUUCUGUUGCUGCUACUAGGGCCAUUGGGCCAUCAAAUUAUCAACUGUCAAUACACAAAGCCGCCGAACGGGAAGGUGCAACAGCAAGAGCAGCAACAACAUCCCACUACCAACAUCGAAGUGACAGAUUCAAAGGCGGCAACAUCCGCAUCCGCAUUCGCAUCUAGCGUCAAAUGCUUUUAUAAUUGUCAAAUGGCUAUGGCGAUGCCAACUCAGAAUCGCGACGAUGAUGAUGAUGGUGAUGCGAAUAUUGGCAGCACAAGUGCAACUGCAACACCAAAAGCAAUGGCAACUGCUGAUGUUGCAGAUGUUGUCGCUGGAGGAGUUGCGAGUUGCAGCAUUAAGCGGCUGUCAACGACACUUGUUGGAGGCGGACAGGAGGGUGCAAGAGGCGUGGCCAGUUGGCCGGAUCAACGAUUAUUGAUGACUCGGCGGCGGGAAAAGCGGCAAAAGAAAUCGCAGGCGAUGGAUGCGAUGAUGCAGUCGCGUUGGAGCGCGUGCUGAUGCCGAAUUGAUGAUGAAAUCCAUUUCCGAAAGUAGCUUAAGGUGCUCGCCACCGUUAAAUAUAUAUACAUAUAUAUAUACAAGAAGAAGUAAAAAACAGACCUUUCCCUCUUCCCCCAUGAAUUGUUGAAGGGCAUAAUUAAUAUACAUUCGUACGCAUAUUGAUUGCAUGAGCCAGCUGCAUAAAUCGACCUGGCCGUAGCUCUUAAGUGUUAUACGCAUAAGGACAGGGAGAGUGCAUAAAAGUGGUAUAUUUAAUUGUGGAAAAUUCAGCCAGAAAGUAGAUAAGAAAUCGAUGAAACAAACAGGAAAUGAAUUAAUGUUAAGUCGGGAAAAAUAUGACAUAUGGUGAAACCAAUAAUAUAGCUGAUACCCUGUACGUUGCAUUCACAAAGGAAUAUUAUGCAGAACUGUUACCUUUUUCCUUAUAAGUACACCAAUUUAUAUUAUAAAAAAGUUUCCCUGUUUCCUUUCCUUUAAAUUUAUUUAAAAUUCUCAAAUGUACAGACAAUAAUACCUCUUCUCUGAAAUUUAAAUUCACGACUAAGUUUCUUUAUCUUUAAUUCUUCCUUUUUUUCUACCAAAAUGUUACUGUUAAUGAUGAGAGAUCAAAACAAACUAAAUCGUAAAAGAAAACAGCUCAAUCAGAAGCACAUUAAUAUCAAUACUCGCUGAAAGAGACACACAAAAUGCACAGUUAAUAUUUGGAUUUGCGUACAGGGUGAAAAAUUACAAGUGUUUAGUCAUGGAAAAGUAAAGAGUACUUUAAAUAUUUGUCAUGUACUUUGAACUCUUUGUGUUGUAUAUCAAAGCUAAUCACCAAAAAGCAAAAGAAAAGAGUUACAAAAAUGUGCACAGUGUACAGCAAGCUGAACCUUAGACUGCACUUGAGCUUAGCUUUCGGGUACCGUAGUGCAUUUUAAAGAGUGUUUUUGAAAGCUUAACCAUUGUAAACAACUCAAGCUAAAAAACAGAUAUUAUUAAUGAUUCGUCUUUGGCUUGAAGACACUGCAUUAUUUGAAUGUGUAAAUAUAAAGUUUAAAACAAAAAUCAAAUGUAAUUUUAAAUAACAUCCACUGUACAGAAAGGAACUUUUUACGGUUGUGGAAAUGAAAAGCAAAAUUAAUUAUUGUAGCAAUCAUUUAUUUGUAGAGAGCAGCAAAUACAUAGGACAAGCAAAAAAGAAAAGGAACAUUUAUUUUCAACUCUUAUUUCGGCAAUAUUAAAACUCAAAGAAAACAAACGAUUAUUUCAACAUUUUUGGCCAACAAAAAUCCAGCGGUAAAUAGUUCCUUUACCUUGAAAAUAAAUCAAUGUAAUGAAAUUGGUAUCUAAAAACUAAAUAAAAGAACACGUAUGUAAAGUUAAAAAAAUAAUAAUAUAAAAAUCAAAACAAAUUGCUUUUUGGAAAGUAAUGUUAUAGAAGUUAAAUGAUUUAUAAUAAAAGAAAUUUAAUUAUAUUCAAAAAGUAAAAUGUAAAUAAAAUUAAAGAACAUAAUUGGUGUAAAUGUUGAAAACAAGUAAUACAAAUAUAUAAGCAUAAAAUAAUAAAAUAAUAAAAUGCAUGCGCCUAGAUUUCUAUAAUCAAAUCGUGUUGUGAAAGUCGUCUUCCCUAAGUUAUGCCCAUUACACAAUUGAGAUACUAAAGGGGAGCUUUAAUUUCAAUUUUAAUUUCAAUAUGGUUUCAAUUAUAGCCAUUAAAUGAACAGGAGAUAUAUAAGAAUGUAAAAAAUUAGUUUUAUGUAUAUAGAAAAGUGAAAAUAACAAAUUCGAUGUUACUGAAUAAAUAUUACAGAUAUUAACCAAGAGAUAUAAAAAUAGCAUAAGAGACAGUAAACGUUGCUAGCUGCUAGGGAGACAGAUAAGUCUUAGAUUUAUAAUGAGAAUCAAAAACAGAAGCAAAUGCAUUUUGCAUUAAAUAUAAUAUAUUCAUAUCCCCAUUAAAUAAUCGAAAAUGUGUAAAGACAGAAUAAAUGUAAUAAUAAGCUCUAAAAAAAACAAAAUAGUGAUGUAAAAAUAAACGCAGCGAGGAAAUAAAGUAACCCCCUAUUAAAUAAAGAU